AGCGAUGACGCACCGGGGCGGGCGGCGAGGCGCCGGGCUGGGAGUCGGGGCCGGACAUGGCGGCUCGGGCCGGCCCACGGGAAGAUGAAUAAGGGCUGGUUGGAGCUGGAGAGCGACCCCGGUCUCUUCACACUCCUGGUUGAAGAUUUUGGGGUCAAGGGAGUGCAGGUUGAAGAGAUUUAUGAUCUGCAGAGCAAAUGCCAAGGCCCUGUCUAUGGGUUCAUCUUCCUGUUCAAGUGGAUUGAGGAGCGCAGGUCACGCCGGAAGGUCUCUACCCUGGUGGAUGAGACAUCGGUGAUCGACGAUGACAUCGUUAAUAACAUGUUCUUUGCUCACCAGCUGAUCCCCAAUUCCUGUGCCACCCAUGCCCUGCUGAGUGUCCUCCUGAACUGCAACAAUGUUGACCUGGGCCCCACGCUGAGCCGCAUGAAGGAUUUCACCAAAGGAUUUAGCCCUGAGAGCAAAGGCUAUGCCAUCGGCAAUGCCCCAGAGCUGGCCAAGGCCCACAACAGCCAUGCCAGGCCGGAGCCACGGCACUUGCCAGAGAAGCAGAAUGGAAUCAGCGCUGUGCGAACCAUGGAGGCUUUUCACUUUGUCAGUUAUGUCCCCAUCAAGGGACGGCUGUUUGAGCUGGAUGGGCUGAAGGUCUAUCCCAUUGACCACGGGCCGUGGGCUGAUGAUGAGGAAUGGACGGACAAAGCCAGGAGAGUAAUCAUGGAGCGCAUCGGCCUGGCCACUGCAGGGGAGCCCUACCACGACAUCCGCUUCAACCUGAUGGCCGUGGUGCCUGAUCGGAGGAUGAAGUACGAGUCCAAACUCCACAUCCUGAAGAUGAACCGCCAGACUGUGCUGGAGGCCUUGCAGCAGCUUAUCCGAGUAACUCAGCCUGAGCUGAUCCAGACUCAGAAGUCUCAGGACUCUCAGCCUCCUGAAGAGGUGAAGCCAGCCAGCAGCAAGACUGUGACCCUAGAGAGCACCCAUACAGAUGGCACCGAUGAGCCUGCCACCCAGGGCCACCUUGCGGCCAUGCAGAGCCCACCCACCAAAUCCAAACCAGUGGCAAAGACAUCAGCAAGCAGCAUCAAUGGGGCACCUCCAGGAAACCCCAACCCCAUCGUGCAGAGGUUGCCAGCCUUCCUGGACAACCACAACUAUGCCAAGUCCCCCAUGCAGGAGGAGGAGGACCUUGCAGCAGGAGUGGGUCGCAGCCGGGUCCCAGUCCGACAGCACCAGCAGUACUCUGACGAUGAGGAUGACUACGAUGAUGAUGACGAGGAGGAAGUUCGUAACACCAACUCAGCCAUCAGGUACAAAAGGAAAGGGCAGGUGAAGCAGGAGCACAUGGCAGGGGCUGUGGAUGGCCAGCUCUCCGUCCUCCAGCCCAACACCAUCAACGUCCUGGCUGAGAAGCUGAAAGAGUCUCAGAAGGAUCUUUCCAUUCCCCUGUCCAUCAAGACGACCGGCGGGGGUACUGCUGUGGCGGUGGUCACCCACUCCCAGCCCUCUCCGACCCCCAGCAACGAGAGCACAGACACGGCCUCCGAGAUCGGCAGCGCCUUCAACUCCCCGCUGCGGUCCCCCAUCCGCUCGGCCAACCCCACGCGCCCCUCCAGCCCCGUCACCUCCCACAUCUCCAAGGUGCUCUUUGGCGAGGAGGAUGGGCUGCUGCGGGUCGACUGCAUGCGCUACAACCGCGCCGUCAGAGACCUGGGGCCUGUCAUCAGCACUGGGCUGCUGCACCUCACGGAGGACGGCGUGUUCUGCCCGCUGGCUGUCGCAGACGGGGGGAAAAGCUCCCCACCUUCCAUCAAACCUGGUGAUGAGGCCCCGAUCACAAUCAAACUGGACGAGAAGGAGGGCAGUGAGGCCAGUGACAGCAAAGAGAAGGUGGGACUUGGCAGGACCAGUGAUCACCCUGGGGGGGAAAAGUAUUCUCCCAAGGUGAGUUUUGUGCUGCGGCAGCCCUGGGGACAUGGAGCCGCAGCAACGCUGGCAGUGACUGAACCGCAUGUGCACGCUGUCCCGCUCGCGUCGCCGCAGCCGCGCCUCGAGGUGCAGGGCAGAGCAGGUUCUGUGCCUUGUGUCACCAUGGGGAUGUUUCCCUCAGCAAGUGGGCAGAGCCGCUGCCUCCUGCAGCCGAGAUGUCCGGGGUGCUGUGCUCUCCUUCGGGCCAGAGGGACCCUGCACCCCCAGGCCCCAGCCUGCUGGGAACUUCGCUGCUUGUCUGUGCCCUCCAGCUCAGAGCUCGGGUAGCACAAGUGCACCAGGGGCACCCUGGAGGAGAGCUGGCGAGAAACUUUUACUCAAAAGGGAAGUUUGCAGCCUCAGUGCAGGCUGAUUGAGCACCCUGACUCAGAAACUCACUACAAUGAGCUGGUCUGUGGUUUCUUCCCCUUCCCUCGCAAGUAUUUUUUGGUUUUGAUGAAUUCUCCCUUUCCCAGUGCAGAGAGGAACAUCUGCCAGCUCACCCCGCUGGCUCCUGGGCUGCAGCAGGGCUCUGGCUGCUGACAUUUGCUCUGCUUGGUCCUGGCAGGAGCUGCUGGCACUGCUGAAGUGUGUGGAGGCAGAGAUUGCGAACUAUGAGGCCUGCCUGAAGGAAGAGGUGGAGAAGAGGAAGAA